CGGUCCCGAUUCCCCCCCGGUCCCGAUCCCGGUCCCGAUUCCCCCCCGGUCCCGAUCCCCCCGAUCCCCGUCCCCUUCCCCCGUCCCGGCCGCACCAUGGACUGUUACACGGCCAACUGGUACCCGCUGGGCGAGGAGGCCUUUUACCGGAAGCUGGAGCUGUACUCCAUGGAAUGGGGGCUGCGGGAGGACCUGCGGGACUGUGUGGUGGCCGCUGCCCCGUAUGGGGGGCCCAUAGCCCUGCUGAGGAAUUCCCGGAGGGACAAGGCCCCCAGCUCCCGCCCGCUCCUGGAGAUCUACUCGGCCUCGGGGCUGCUCCUGGCCAGUGUCCCGUGGAAGAGCGGCCGCCUGGUGCACCUGGGCUGGACGGCGGGGGAGGACCUGCUGUGCAUCCAGGAGGACGGGACUGUGCUGGUCUACAACUUGUUCUGCGAGUUCAAACGGCACUUCAGCAUGGGAAACGAGGUGCUGCAGAACCACGUGCUGGAGGCUCAGGUUUUCCACACGGAGUUCGGGACAGGCGUGGCCAUCCUGACCGGGGCCUUCCGCUUCUCCCUGGCCACCAACAUCGACGACCUCAAGCUGCGCCGCCUGCCCGAGGUCCCUGGGCUGCAGCAGCCCCCGGGGUGCUGGGCUGUGCUGUCCCAGGACAGGGUGACCGUGGUGCUCCUGGCUGUGGGACCAGAGCUUUUCCUGCUGGACAACACCUCCUGCUCCAGCGUGACCCCCCCCGGGCUGAGCCCCUCGGCGGGGCCGUUCCUGCACAUGGCUGUGUCCUUCAACCACCGGCUCCUCGCCCUGUUCUGCGACUCUGGAUACAUCUGGAUGGGCCUGGCCACGCUCAAGGAGAAGUUCUGCGAGUUCAACAGCACCAUCCGAUCCCCCCCCAAGCAAAUGGUUUGGUGCCGGCGGCCCCGCAGCCGGCAGCGAGCCGUGGUGGUGGCCUGGGAGAGGCAGCUCAUGGUGGUGGGGAAUUCCUCGGAGUGCAUCCGCUUUGUCCUGGAUGAGGAUUCCCACCUGGUGCCCGAGCUGGACGGGGUCCGGAUCCUGUCCCGCACCUCCCACGAGUUCCUGCACGAGAUCCCAGGUGAG